AAGAACCGAAAUAUUAUUAAAUUGUAGUGACAAUUCAAAAACCUGUGAAUUCAUCUAACAGCAGAUAGACUUCUUAUUUAUAUAAAAAAAAGUCUCCUUACAAGGUUUUUACUGCCUAAUAAAAAUAUUCCUUGGUUUAGUUCAUACUAUCAUUUCAGGUAAUUUGGAGAGUACUUCAACAAGAUGGCUGAAAACACGAGUACUGAAAAUGCCGUGGAAAGUUCAUCAACCGUUUCUACUGGGAAUGGGGAUGGAACUCAAGUCCAAAAUGGAACCGACCAGUCUGCCCAGCCGGCCCAGCAGCCUGCCCCCAGACAAAACAUGUGGUCAAUGUUGAAGACGCUGGUUGUCCGCAUGUUGUUCAUCUAUUUUAUUGCAAGUCUCUUCAAACGUUCACCCCAAACAAAUACAACCUCUGAUGGGAGCGCAGGAUCAUCUGUCAUGCAGAAGCCAUCAUCAAAUGUGUAUUCAAAAGAAAUGAGAAUGGACAUGUACGUGUAUGUGUCAGAGCAAGAAUACUUCACAGACUUCAAGAAUCCUGAUGCAUUGUUUUGGACAAAACGGGCACUUGUGUAUGGAGACUGGACCAGUGGACCAGAUGGGGAUGGGUCAUAUGUCCACAGUGACAGGAUCAAGGCAACGCCGACUAUUCAAAACAACGGAUCAGUGUAUCUACAUGUCUACUUUGUAAAAGCUGGAAAGUUGCCUGACCCUGACGAGAAGGGGAAGUUCUCCAGAAAAACAACCGUGUACAGAUCCAAACGCCUGAACAAAUUCAAGAAACGUUUUUACCACAACUCUGUUAAUCUGCUCACGGGAGAGACAGAUGUACAUCCUGAUCUUAUCAAGAGAGAGAACUCUUCCUCCUUUGAGGUUCUGUCUCACUGGCAUCCCAACAUGACCAUCAACCUACUGGAUGACUACUCCCCUUGGAUAGAAGGCCAUGUUCCAGCUCCUCUUGAUGAAUUUAUUGACUUCAUCCCUGGUACUGACAAGUACUACCCAGUCUUGUAUCUGAAUGACUACUGGAACCUCAACAGUCACUACAUGCCUGUCAACGACACAGUCACGGAGCUGAACUUGACCCUGACGUACAGCCCCAUCUCCCUGUUCCGCUGGCAGAUCUAUGCUGCACAGGGCAUGCGCAGCAAGUGGUACAGCUUCAUGGGGAGCGACCUCAUUGAGGAGAAUGACGACGAUCAGGAUUCACUGAAGACAGCUUUCUUGGAGACCAACCCCUACCUUCUUGCCCUGACUAUUGUGGUGUCUCUUCUACACAGUGUCUUUGAGUUCCUUGCCUUCAAGAAUGAUAUUCAGUUCUGGAAGAGUCGCAAGUCUCUGGAGGGCUUGUCGGUGCGUUCUGUGUUCUUCAAUGUGUUCCAGUCACUCAUUGUGUUGCUGUACGUCAUGGACAACGAAACAAACACUGUUGUCAGGAUCAGUGUAUUCGUUGGACUGUGUAUUGAGAUUUGGAAGAUCCACAAAGUUGUCAAUGUCAAGUUUGACAGAGAGAAUCUUCUCCUAGGAGUGUUUCCUCGGUUGACCCUGGGAGACAAGUCCAGCUACACUGAAUCUAUGACAAAGAAAUAUGAUACUCUUGCCUUCAAGUACCUGUCAUGGCUUCUGUUCCCCCUACUGGGAGUUUAUGCUGUGUACUCACUUCUCUACAAUGAACACAAGGGAUGGUACUCCUUCGUCCUGGGCAUGAUGUAUGGGUUCCUCCUUACAUUCGGUUUCAUCAUGAUGACUCCCCAGCUGUUCAUUAACUACAAGCUGAAGUCUGUGGCUCAUCUACCAUGGAGGAUGCUGACAUACAAGGCCCUCAACACAUUCAUUGAUGAUAUAUUUGCAUUUGUCAUUAAGAUGCCAACAUUAUAUCGUUUAGGAUGUUUACGUGACGAUGUGAUAUUUUUCAUAUAUGUCUAUCAGCGUUAUAUAUACAAGAUUGAUCCAAAGAGGGUUAAUGAGUAUGGAACAAGCCAGGAUAUGUUUGAACAAAAUGGAGACGUCAAAACUGAAGAUCAAGCAGCCAUUACUGCAGCGUCUGCAACAGAAGGUGAUACUCCAGCCAUAGAGAACCAAGAAACGGUCACCACGGCAACAGAUCCUAAACCAGCUGAAGAGAAGAAAAAUGACUAGGAAUGGAUUGUGAAAUUUUGAGCAUUUUUGUGAGCAACUUUCUUCCUUCCAGCUGUGGAAGUUAGAGCUCUGACGAAUGUGUGUGAGGGUAGAUGAGUGGAAUGUCUGUGUUUGGAGAGUAGGGGAUAUUUAACUGAGCCAAAACUUGAAAGAUACCUUGCUCCUCAGUGGUGUGUUAUGAAGUCAUUUUUAUUGGUUUCCGACUGGUACUGAAUAGCAUAAUUGUUUGAAUUCCAGUGAUUUUUCAUUUUUCUUGUGCAAGUGGCCCCAACUCAGUAGAGGAAUGCCUUAUAGUUUCUGCAGAACUAAUCCUAUUUACAUAGAAUCUAUUUUGAGAAGUUUUCUUUGAAGACAGUAUAUUGUGCAAUAGAAUGUCGUUUUCAGAGUAUGAAUAAGAUGUUUGACAGAAAACCAGGACAGUUAUCAGCCUGAAAUAGCAAUGUUAAACAUCACACCUAAUCUAAAACAUGACUGUACUCAGAUAUUUCCUUCAACAAUAAUUAAAUAUGGUCUUAAAUAUCAGGAACUGUGUUGGAUGUUUCGCCUCAUAAAAUGCCUCAUAUUAUGUCAUUAUGAUAACUCUAAAAUUAUUAGUUUGAUAGCAUAUAGGACCAGUUUCAUUAAUAAUUAAUUGGUAUUCUCCCCAGGGAGCUUAGAAUAUAUUUGAGAGCUUCCUGAACCAAAGACUAAUGUUAAUGUACCUCCAUGGUCACUCACUUGAUGAAUGAUGCAUUCCAAAUGGUCUUACACCACAGGAAUAAGCACUGAAAGUGUACAGUUCGGCCAGUGUCAGAAGAAUGCUUCCUAAAAUCCUUGAGGAGAAAUAUGUUGGUCAUCGAACAUUCAAUAUUUUGUGAUCAAAAUGUGUCAUGCCCAUUGCCACACACUGUUCUACUCAUAAAUCAAGUCGGUUUCACCUAUGUUGAUAUUCGUCGUGUUUAUAUUGUGUUGUCGAGCUGUGUAACCAGAGAUGUUGCUGUUCAGAGUACAUGGGUGCUGGAAGAUAGUUUAUUUGCAUUUUUAUACACGGAAUGUUUAUCUGGUAAAGAAAAUUUGGUACAAGAACACUUGAUUUUUAAUAAUUUUCACUUUGCACACACAUCUGGCGAGAUAUGUGUUACCUGCCUAGUGUAGGAGAUGGAGUGUUAUACAGAAGCUUUUAUUAUAAUUUCAUUUGUGUGAAGUUUUAUUCUGAUAUGAUUCCUCUCUGUACAAACAUCUGAGGACUCCUCAACAUGAGACAAAUUAGAAAGAAAAAAAAAAAGUUUAUAAGCCACAACACUGAUCAGAAAGUUUACUUGAUGACCUUCAAGUGGAGGCGUCACCUUCAUGCAGAGGGGUGUGGUGUUGUAGUAAAAGAUCUCAUUUGAAUGUGAUAGGCUGUAGCAUUGUCCUUGAAAACAGAAGACUGUUUGUUUGGUAUUGUUACUGUUCUGUAGGAUGUCCAUUUUUGUUAUAAGGAAACAUUUGCGUGGCAAGUCAGUAUUUAUGUUUCAGUAGGAUAUCCAUUUAUGUUUGCAAGUCAGUAUUUAAUGUUGUAUUGAUGCAUGUAAUGUACAGGUCGCCUGAUUGUAGGUAAAUCAUUGUCAUUAUUGCAACGGAAAUUGCUGGCUUAUAAACAUAUAGCUGUGAUCACUUCAGACAUUCUUGUUGACAGAAGUGCCAUCACCCAAGGUAACCUUACACAUCCUUUUUAUAUUUUCUUGUAAAAAAAAUAAUUUUAUUUAUUCUUUUACCUAAAAGGUUUCCAAGCUUUGAUAUGGAAUGGCCCCUUCUCUUUCACUUUCAUACAGUUUGUGUCCUCCAUUUCACUUACAUGGUUUUGCAUAUACAUUUACAUAUUUUAAUCAUUCAUGAAUCUAUGUUUUUGCCACAUUUAUGUUGUUGCCAUCUUCAGGAGGAAGCAGUUCUAACAACAACCAAAAUGAAAUUUAUUACAGGGUAACAGGAUUUGAUUUGUACACAUUUUAUGGCUCAAAUUGGCCAUUUCUAGAUUUUUUGGGAUGCAGGUUUUUCACUUCAAGUCUGUAAGUUUUUCCAUUUUAAUGGCUUCUUUUCCACAGUUAAUGCAAACAACUUUUGAAUCAACUGGCCCAAAAUUGGCUCUUUGCAUUAUUUUUACUACGUCUUAGUGUCAUCAUAUGAGUAUUAUCAGCUAAGUUUAUGAGACAAAACAGAUUUUUAGUAGACUGUGGCAUUGGACCAGAGGUUAACUGCCAGACUGUUUUCAUAACAAGAGUAGAGUAGAAGCAAAGAGGAUGAACAUUUCCAGAUACAGUUAAAGUAUGUUGAAGCUUCCUUCACCACAACACUUUUAUGUUUCCUGUUAAAAUCGAACAAAAAUGAGCUUGUACAGUGCAUCCAAGGUGUAUUCACCUGCUUUUUUCAGUUUGAAUGUGAAACUAUAAAUAGGAACAACUGUCAUCAGAACAUCCAUUUGUUGGUAUCCCAUAGGUACAACUUACAACCAAAUCCUAGCAAAUUGUUAUGAUGCAUGUCAUAUGAAGAUGUACCAAAUAUACUGGACAAAAUAAGUUAGGGAUAUUGGUAUUUUUGUGAUUGAUAUGUUAUCAGUGUGUCAAUGAAUAAAUAGAUCAUUAUUCAUAAUUUCAAAAUUUACAUAUAUCCCUAACUAUUUUUGUCCAGUAUAGUUUUACCCCAAACUGUUACAAGUGAUUGUCACACACCUAGCUUCUCUGUGCAGGAUUAUACCAGUGAUCUGGCACCAAUGUUCUGGGCUUUCCCCCCCCGCCCCAGCAUUGAUCUGGAUCCCUAGGAUUACAGGGCAAGAGAAAUUCUGUGUUUCUCAUCAUGCAUUUAUGAACCAUAUUCCACUGAGCAGAUGUUGCAGAACCAGAAUGUUGUCAACUCAGAUAGUGAUUCCUUUAUCAAUGUGAUGAAACUCUUUGACUUCUUCAGUCAUUGCACAGUACCGAUAUAUACUACUCAACUUUUGAGAGGAAUACCUUUUUUUUGCCAUUAUACACAAAACUGAUUGUCAUGUCAAGUGUAUAUGUAAAUAGAACGACAUAUCCAAUUAUCCCUAUCAAACAUUGACUAGUAUACAUUCACAAAUGUAUGUUUUCUUUUUAUACCUGACAGAUAAGAAUCAAUUAGAAAAUGUUGUGAUGUUAAAUCAGAGUAAUAUAAUGACUAGCAGAUUAUUGUAUUCAGUUGUUCAGACAUGCAGAAAGAUGUAUCAUGUAUUAGAACUGUCAUGUAAGCAGAUUGUAGGAAUCGAAAGGUGUGUACCUUGUGUAGCAUUACUUGUGAUAUUGCAUGUUAUCAUCAUUGUUGAAGAGUCAAAUGAAGUGAUCCUGCUGC